AGGCUGUACAAGUCAGAUCUCUUCUCCGAUCUGACUAUCAUUUGCGGAAGCAAUCCCUCCCCAGUCCACCAAGCGGUGAUCUGCCCUCGGUCGGACUACUUCGCAGCAGCGUUGCGUUUUCCGGGCAAGGAAGCAGAGGAAGGAAAGAUUGAUCUUUCCGUCGAGGAUCCCGAGAUGGUGGAGAGAAUGAUCUACUACUUCUACCAUCUUGACUAUCUUCCCACGUCAUACAACCGUCGGCCAAAUCAAGGAGUUCUCGAGAUUCAUGCCCAGAUGUACGCAAUGGCCGACAAGUACCAGAUCUCAGAGAUGAAAGACCUUGCCAAGGCUAAGUUCGAAGCGGCGAUGAGGUUCCAUGGAGGAUACAAGCUGCUACCCCACGUGGUUCCGAUCGUCUUUACCACGACUCCUGACUCAGACGCGCAGCUCCGAAACUUGGUUGCUAGAGCAAUCGCGCUCGACAACCUCCUCAGGUUGAAAUCGUUCAGGGGCGCUGUGGAGAAAAUCGACGGCCUGUCGCUCGCGGUUCUG